AUGGAAUCUCCAAACCUGUUCAAGUGUGCAUCACAACAGGGGAUUAACACAGGCAUAUUUUAUUUCAGAUUCUUUCUUUCUUGUUUCUCUCUCUCUCUCUCUCUCUCUCUCUCUCUCUCUCUCUCUCUCUCUAUGUCAUUCUCUCUCUGUCUGUCUGCCUGUUUCUCUCUGUUCUUUGUUCAAUCGUUUUUCUUAAUCAUUUUUAUUUCUACAUUGGCAUUUCUUACAUCUAUUUUUAAUCCUUUUCUUAUUCCAACCUUAAACUUCUUUCUUUCUUUCUUUUUUUCUUUCUUUCUUUCUUUCUUUGUCGUUAUUUUUUCUUCAUUACUAGGCAUUUUAGUAGUCUUACUUUCUUUCUUAACAGUAUAUUCUUUCCUUUUUAGUCAUAAUUCAUCAGCCAUUUUACUUUCCUUCUAUGCUAUUUCUUAUUUGGCAUCUCUAUACUUUCUAGUAAUUUCUCUCUUACUCGUCUUUAAAAAUUUUCUUCUCUUUAUCUUCUUCAUACUUUCUCUCUUUCUUUCUAUUCUUAGUCAUCUGUCAUCUUCAUCCAUUUUUAUUAACAUUUUCGUCUUUAUUUCCUUUUUUACUACACAUGCUUUUCUUUCUUUCUUUUUUCUUUUUCUUUCUUUCUUUUUUUCUUUCUUUCUUUCUUUCUUCUGA